AAGUCACAUGUUCAUCUUGUCUGAACAAAGACCAUCAUGGGUUGACAACAACCUCGAAUGCGAAGAUGGCUCUGCAACAACCUGACAACGGGCAUAUCACGUUAUACAGACGAAAAUUUCGGCAAAACAGUAACCCCGAAGGUUGCUGUAUAAUUCCUGAGAUCCUGCCAGGUUGAGUGAUGCCAGUGACCCCCUAUUCCGUCUCGUCAGCCAUCGAGUCUCCAUCUGCAGCUUGCAGGUCAGCCGUUGACCAUCGCUGCUAUACUAAACCCCCCCAACUCCCAAAAUGACCGUCGAGAUCGAAUGCGGCUUCAGCAUCUAUCCUCCUCUCCCUCCAACGCCCUCCAACCAGUCCCACUACGCCCUCUUCCUCUCCCGCCUCAGAACAACAUUCUCCCCCCAAAACCAUCCCUCCAUCUCCAACCCGCUCCUCAUAACUGAUGCCGACAGCGCCUUCCACUACUUCACGUUACCCAAGUAUCCUAAAAUUCCCGCCAAUCCUGAACACUGCAACUACUUCCUGAGUUUCCGCCUCAGCUUCGGAAACGGUGGCUUACCACGAGACGUAACUGUUUCCCAUGUUAUGGAGGUGUUCGUUAUUGCGAAGGAGUAUUUUGGGGAGAGGGUUAGGUGUUGGAAUGGGAUGCGUAGGAUGAGGCCGUAAUAAGCAGUGGGGGUAUUAUACACCUACAGAUGUUGAGGCAGAAGAGGAGAUCAGGAUGCUGUGUAAGGCUAUGGUUCCGAAUAGUAUGGUGACGGAGACGGUGGUGGAAACGCCGGAGGAAUAGAACGUUGUGGGAGUUGGAG